AUGUCCUCCACAGAUAAGGUCCGAUACGACCCGUCGUCUUUCCUGGGCGAGAUUUCGGGCAAGAAGGUCAACGUUCGGGUCUCCACCGGCACCACUUUCUCUGGCGUCCUCCAGUCUGUUGAUGGAUACAUGAGCAUUGUUCUGGAGAACGCUGAGGAGCUGGUUGAUGACAAGGUCGUCGGUAUCUAUGAUGAUGACGUUUUUAUUCGAGGAAACAAUGAACGACGAUUGGACUCAUCGCCUGAGACGUCUCCCACUCGUGUCAACAAGCGAGACUCGGGACUUGCCCUUUCACCAUUGUCGUCGCCCCCAGCAGCCACCCCGAAGCUUGCACCCCGAUCCAAGUCGCUCUACAAGACAGGUCCUCCCUUCGUGAGUGCUCAGCAGGCAGUGGCACUUUGUUCCGCAGAUGGUACACCAGCCACCAUCAGACUUCAUGCGCGGCUGGAUCGCGGCUUCGAAGAGGAGAACGGCAGCUGGAUCUGCUACAGACGUAACUAUAUGUCACUGUGUGCUGCGUUCGACAUUGUGGAGCAUUCCAUCGUUCCAAUGACCCCGCCGUACCCUACAGGCCCAGUGUACAUCGCUAGUGGUCCUCACGAGAACGCCCAAUGUCUCUAUUUUGUGCUGCGAGUGGAGGCCCGUGUGUGCUCCACCAACGCUCCCGCCACCCUCAUGCAACACACCGCCAAACGAGAUCCAGGAUCUCAAGCGGCCCCCAGCGACACCAUCUUGUUUCCUGGGAAGCUCCCCCCUCAUGAGUUCAUCCGAGACACUGCCAACGUCCGGUGUCCCAAGAGGCUUGAGGAGAUUUUCGACCAGGUUAAUCUGACACUAACAGAGCAGGCUAACCUGUCCAAGACACAAGUUCAGUUUCUGGAAACCUACCCGGACGCAAAUAAAGCGGCAAUUUCCCGGGUCGCACGGUUCGAGCGCCUCCAGUUCCAGUUCAUUCACAGAAGUCGCCGGGAAGGGUGCAAGUACCGUCUGCGGGUGAACCUGAUGGCAAUGAUCUCACAUAACAAUGUUCACGAUCUGAUUGAGAUCGCUUCUAGCCACACACCAGAAAUUGUGGUACGAGGCAGGUCUCCUGCAAGCUACACUGAGUCGGGCUCCUGCCAGAAACCCAGUCGAAACAGCUCAAAAAGUUCCAAAAGCUGUUCUUAUACUUCUCCUGGCUUGCCCGGAUCCCCUACUACUUUGGACUUCUUUGGUCUGGGAACUCAGCUGUCAGAGUUUGAUGUAACUGAUAAUCUUGGCGGUGGAGAGGACCAAGCGUUUGGAGAGUUCAAUUGUGAGUCGCCCUCUCCCACUGGUAGCUCACGUGAAAAUCGUCUUUAUUUGUUGCCUGACUUGUCUCAGAGCCUUUCCGAAUCUGAAUCUGAAUCUGACUUCACUUCAGACGAAGAUGUGCAGGUUACCCAGCUGCUUCUCAAGCUCCCUCCACCCCAGCUAUCGACCAAUGGUGAAAAUGUCGAGGUUAAAUCUGAGCCCGAAGAGCUCAAGGAGUUUGCGCCACAGUUGACCUUUGAUACAACAGGCUUCGCUCUUGAAGCUGGGAGCGAACCGUCAUUUGAAAUCUAG